AUGCGGAUGCUUGGGCAGCGGAAUGGAGCAUUAACAAGUCAUUGGAAGGAUAUUGGAGCGAUUAUGGAAGCACUACGUAAAUUUCUUUGGGUUGGCUUAGGCUUAGGAAUAUAUCAUCAAAAAAGUUUAGAAGAGAAGCUUCUAUGACUAAAAAAUGUUUUUACGAGACUUUGCAUUUUUUUAGUAAAAUUGAAGUUGUUUUUAUUUUUGCUGUUGAUUUGACAUUGUUGAUAUGAUUCUGUUGUAGAUACUACUAUUGAUGGUUCAGAUAUGUGACGCAGUUUUGAAUAA